GUGAGCAUCAUUUACUCUAGAGAAAUAUGGCGGACACGAGGUUGUAUGAUUUGCUUGGUGUUAAACCCAAUGCUUCUGACGCUGAAAUUAAAAAAUCGUACAGGAAAUUGGCCAAAGAAUAUCACCCAGAUAAAAAUCCAGAAGAAGGAGAAAGGUUCAAAGAAAUAAGUUUUGCCUAUCAAGUUCUUUCUGACAACGAGAAACGAUCUCUUUAUGACAAAUACGGUGAAGGAUUACGCGAAGGAACUGGUGGCGGUGGCGGUUUUGAGGACAUCUUCUCAAAUAUCUUUGGUGGAGGCAGUCCUUUUGGUGGUUUUAGUGGAUUUGGUGGUUUUGGUGGCGGCUUUGCUGGUCGACAAAGACGACGAAGAGGAGAAGACUUAGUUCAUCCACUAAAAGUGAGUUUGGAAGAUCUUUAUUUGGGAAAGACAAGUAAAUUACAGUUGUCAAAGAAUAUUAUCUGCCCACAAUGUAAAGGUGCUGGUGGUAAGGCUGGUGCUGUGAAAAAAUGUAAUGUUUGUGAUGGUCGUGGAAUUAAGGUUACCAUACGACAAAUUGGUCCAGGAAUGGUCCAACAGAUGCAAUCUGCUUGUAAUAUUUGUAGUGGCAAAGGUGAGGUGAUAAAUGAAAAAGAUAAAUGCAAAAAAUGUAAUGGUAAAAAAACUACUAAAACAACAAAAGUUUUGGAGGUUCAUGUUGAUAAAGGAAUGAAAGACAAUCAAAAAAUAACAUUUGCUGGUGAAGGUGACCAAGAGCCUGGUAUUGAGGCAGGAGAUGUAAUAAUUAUCUUACAACAGAAAGAACAUGAUACUUUCAAGAGAAAUGGGAAUGACCUGUAUUUAGAGAAAGAUAUUACACUCACUGAGGCUUUAUGUGGUUUCGACAUGGUUGUACAACAACUUGAUGGACGUCAUCUUCUUAUACGCUCAGAACCAGGUUAUGUUAUUGAACCUGGGUGUGUACGGGGAGUACCUGAGGAGGGUAUGCCCAUAUAUAGGAGGUCAACAACAUCUGGAAAUCUUUACAUUAAAUUUAAUGUAAUAUUUCCUGAAAACAAUUUUAUUGAGCAAGAAAAAUUAGUGGAACUUGAAAAACUUCUUCCACCACGAAGUGCUCGCCCAGAAAUAAAUGAUGAUUUUGAGGAAGUCGAGCUGCAAGAUAUUAUGGAAGAUGAUACGCCUUCCAAUGGUCGACGACGUCAAGUGUAUGAAGAUGGUAGUGAUGAUGAAGGUUCAGGACAAGGUGCAAGGGUACAAUGUGCACAUCAAUAAAUAACUGCAAGUAUUUACCUUAUUAUGAUAGAAAAACAACACUUUCUUUCAUCUUAUUGAAAUUUCUAAUUUGAUGAAGUCUAUGUUGUACCUCCAUUGCUGUUGAAUAGUCAUUUUUUUUCUGUUGUCAUGGUUUCUGCUUGUUGCUUGUACUUCAAUGGCCUUGCUUUGUUAGAUUAGUUACAUUAGCAUGCAUUUAAAACUCUGUCAUUUCUGACCUUACUCAAUGUAUAGUGCUGGAGUCCUUAAGUUAUAAUGAGAAAUGUUCAGACAUCAUAUGCUCUGAGUCUGAAUAAGUAAUAUGGUCAUUAUGAAUUGAAUGCUUUUAUGAUGUAUUAAAAAAUUUGACAAUAUUA